CACUUUGAGAAGAGAAUAGGGACAGGAGGAAGAGUCCACGAGACACUCUCUGGAUCUCAGUAGAUCUCUCAUGUAGAACUGUAACACCACUGUUGUGGUCAAGAAGACAGGCUCUGAGGCCAGACAGCCUGGAUUUGUCUGGCUUUCACCAGUUACCAGCUCUGUGUUAUUGAGCAGGUUUCUUAUCCCAUUGCACCUCAGUUUUCUCAUCUCCAGUAGAACUCUCUGAAGAUUCCAUGCACACUUCUCUUUCAUUUCCAAGCCUCUCUUGUAGUUAGGGUGAGGCUACUGAAUUCCAGUUCCGGACAAUGAACUCCAGGUGGAAGUGACACAAGUCACUUCUGGUCUCAGGCACUUAAGAGCAGAACCAUCAAUCCAGUGAAGAGAUUCCAAAAUACUGGGACCAGAGGGAGGUUAAGCAGCUUCUUGGGAAGAAUUUCCAUGUCGUCGUCUUUGACAAGGAGAGGGACGUAUUUGUGAUGUUCUAUGCACCCUGGUCUGAAAAGUGCAGGGCGCUGUUCCCAGUGUUGGAGGAGUUGGGCAGAAAGUAUCAAAACCACUCCACAGUCACCAUCACCAAGAUCGACAUCACGGCAAAUGAUAUUCAGCUAAUGAACCUGGACCGGUACCCCUUCUUCAGGCUCUUCCCCACCAGCUCUCAACAAGUUGUACCGUAUAAGGGAGAACACACCAUGAAGGGCUUUUCAGACUUUCUGGAAAGUCAAAUCAAGACCAGGCUUGAAGAUGAAGAUGAGCUAUGAUCUAUUGAACAAAGUGAAGUGAUAGAAGAGGACGUAUUAGCUGAGGAAGAAGAGGUACCUUUUAUGCAGAAAGAGUUACCUGAGCAGAAGCUGCCUGAGCUGGAGAAUGGGACCAAGCCGGAAGAGCCAGCUGAACAGAAGGAAACAGCUCAGAAGGAGGAAAGGGUGGCUAAGCCAAAAGGACCUCCAAGACAAGAGAAGAAACCACGAGUCAAGGAAGAACUGUAGCUUCUCCAAAGCUGGGAGGGAAGGUGCCCAUUUUCCAGGUCCUGGCAUCAGUUUCUAAGUGGAUCUACUCCAAUAAAAUUAUAUAUCAUUGUGGUAGGUGGGUGGGGGCUGGAUAAUAAAAGCCCCUA